AUGGUUUUUGCAACUUGGUUCUCGCGCAUCCGGAACUGGGCACGACAAGUCAUGGGCUCAACAGCAUACGCGGCGUACAACAAUGGCGCUGCCAAUGCCGGCAGCGCGCGCACCGUGACAGCAAUGAGCAGAUGGUCAGUCCUUGACAAACAGCUGCCGCCCGCCGAUAGAAUCAGAGCGAUCCACGUCUAUGAUUUUGACAACACGCUCUUCAAGACCCCUCUCCCGAACCCCAAGCUCUGGAACGGACCGACGAUCGGAAUGCUAUCGAAUCCCGAUGCCUUUGUCAACGGCGGGUGGUGGCACGAUUCACGCAUCCUCGCUGCAACAGGCGAAGGCCUUGCUAAGGAAGAGCCCCGCGCGUGGGACGGGUGGUGGAACGAGAAAAUUGUCGAGCUGAUUCACUUGAGCAACAAGCAGAAGGAUGCGCUCUGCGUCCUGCUCACGGGGCGCUCUGAGUCGGGUUUUGGCGAACUGAUCAAGCGCAUGGCGAAGAGCAAGGGCCUCGACUUCGACUUGAUUUCCUUAAAGCCCACCGUUGGGCCCAACAACGAGCGCAUCACCAAUACCAUGGUCUUCAAGCAGUUGUUUCUGGAGGCGCUGAUGGAGACAUACAAGCACGCUGAAGAGAUUCGAAUCUACGAGGACCGGAUAAAGCACGUCAAAGCCUUCCGCGACUUUUUGGACGAGUACAACAUCAGGAAGCUGAACGGGAUGGAAGGCCCGGCAAGCCGAGGGACCAUCAAUGGCGAGGUCAUCCAGGUAGUGGACAUGGCCACGUUCCUCGACCCUAUUGUCGAGGUGGCCGAAGUACAACAAAUCAUCACCGACCACAACGCCACUCUGUCUAAGCGGCGGCGCGGCGGCAAAGGCGAACGCUUCGCCAUCAGAAAAACAGUCUUCUACACAGGAUACAUGAUCAACAACACUGACACACAACGGCUACUCACUCUCGCGCAGACUCCACAGAACGUGUCCGAAGGCGACAUCAAGUUUCAUGCUAACAACAUCAUGAUUUGCCCUCGGCCCUGCCCACCCGCCAUCCUGGAAAAGGUCGGCGGCAUGGGGAACAGGAUGACCUGGGAGGUGACUGGCACAGCCAGCCUCGAGAACUCCAUCUGGGCGGUGUGCGUCAAGCCCGUGCCUGCCACGGCCAAAUUCCACACGGGCGACCCGGUCCCGCUCGUCGUGCUAGCCUUGCGCAAAGGCGCGCGCCACGCCGAGGCAGGUAAGAUCCAAAAGUGGCAACCCGUGACGCCGGACAAGGCCUUCCGCUUCGAGACCACAGUGGGCGAGAAGAUCCUUCUGCGCAUCGAAAGCGACGGCCCGUCCCAUCACGGCCCCGCCGGCAGGGCGCUUGGCAAGCGGAAGCACACCGCUGCCCAAGACGACUUCCGCGCGCGGCCGUCGGGCGUUGUCCAGCAGCAGCAACCGCAGCAGCAGCAACAGCACCGACAGUUCCAC